UGGAAGACGCGUGUAAAGUGUCACAGUGAUCGAACAGUGGAUAGUGACUGUACUGGUGGACUGAGCAAGUCAAACAUCGGUGGAGACUAGUGUGGAGGGGACGGAGGUUGCUUUACCUGGUGUGGUUGUCACCUUGGGUUGGGCCGGAGGAGUGGUAACGAGAAGUUAGCGGGCUGAGAAGGAAACUAGAUCCAAAGAGGGAAACCAGGGCUUUUGUGUGAUUAAGCGUAGUUCUGAGGAAGGAGAAUUAAGGGACAGGCAAGGUUGCCGGCUAUGAAGUGGCAUGUCGGUGUGUUGACGUGUUGUGGAGUAUAGCAGUGGUGUGUUGUGACGGUGGUUGGUUACAAUGGUGCCGCGCGGUGUGCUGGGGCGGGUGGGGGCGGCCCUGGUGGUGGCGGCGGUGUGUGUAAGUGCAGAGAUGUUGCCCGAGGUGAUGUACAGUGUGGCCGUGCCGCACGAUGUGGCUCCUGCGCAUAUUGUGCACAAGAUCAAGCUAAAAGAUGGUCAGACGGUCAAUAAGUUGAUGGAUAGUGAGUACUCAGAUUACUUCGCCGCACUAGACAACGGGGAGGUGAUGACAGUGGCCCGCCUCAGUCCCCUCCUUGGCCGCGUGGCCAAUCUUCGUGUGGCCACCAAGUACCCCAACGGCGACACUCAGGUCUUCGCUAUAAGAGUCGCUGUCAAAGACCAUCAAAGUAUGCUGCGCUUCCUCAAGCCUGAAUACGACGCCUCCGUGUACGAAAACUUGCCCGCCGGUACUGAACUUCAGGAUCUCGAUGAUCUCGAGGCCAUGGGCGAGGAGGACGUUAGAUACGAGUUACUGGGCGGCCACUCCGUGUUCGCCCUCCACCACGUGGGCGGGAUGCCGACGGUGGUCACGCGUCAGGCCCUGGACCGCGAGGCUCAGGAUCUGUAUCGCCUGGUGCUUCGCGCCUACGACAAGGAGGGCAUGGACAUGGCUGAAGCUAAGAUCAACGUGCACAUUCUGGACAUGAACGACCACGCCCCAGUCUUCACUCAAAGCAUGUUUUACUUCUUUGUACCGCUCAACAUCUCGCGGUUCGACAAGCUGGGUCGGGUCACGGCCCACGAUGGCGACGGCGACAAGGUGGUGUACCGCUUGGCGUACCCAUCCAACACCUUCACUAUCGUGCCGCAGACAGGCGAGAUCAUGGUCAUCGAGCCGCCUGAGACGAUGGUGUAUGAGCUGGAGCUGGAAGCUUUCGACAAACGCAAACCAACCCUCUACUCUGAUGUGCUGGCUAAAGCUCACAUAGAGUUCCGCUACCCCAGCGAUUCCCUCUUCACCGGGGAGAGCAACGACAUAGAAUACGACGCCUACCCGGAGCACGUCGUGUCCAAGCGCAGCGCCAAGAAGCGGGUGAAGCGUGGCCAGCUGCGACACACGAAGGAACUGGUCUUCUCCGAGGCUGACGGCGCCGUGGAGAAAAAGGUGGUGUUCCAGCUGGAAAAAGAAAUACAGUGGGAGACCUUCAAGAUCCGCGACGACAACCCUUGGGUGGAGGUGGACAGCAAUGGCGCCGUCAGGAUCAAAAAGAAGUGGGACUACGAGGAGCUGGGACCCGAGAAAACCAUAGACUUUUGGGUCACCAUUACCAACAACGACAGAAAUGGUGAGUACUUCGCCUUAUCCCAUUCCCGUCUAAAUACUAUUAUGCUUUCAUAUUUUGGUAUUCCCCUUUUGUUUGACCAUAACAUUCACACUAAAUUAAGUAACUAACUAUUCUUAGGGUUU